UUCACGUCGGACUCGUAUUUUAAAGGACAGUCCUUAUUUUAUAUUUUCUAGCUUUUCGUUACAAAAUCUAGAAAUAAUUUGUUAUAAACCUAACUUUCAAUUAAAACAUUUUAGAUCCGCAUGGUUAUAAUAUAAUAACAAAAUAAUAUGCGUAGUUGGGGAAUUUUAAACACUUAAAAAUAGCGCUUUCCGAUGAAAUCUAACUUGUUUUUCCUGUUUUGAUUUAUAUUUACGAUAUUUUACGCGUGUAUGAAACGUUUCCUUUUUUUAAAUCUGUAGCGAUUCUUUUUAUCUUAAAUUUUGUUGCAUUUUUGCCGUUUAGUAGAGGUUCCGUGGAUGUUUUUGUUUACUUUUCGAGGACACACUGCGCCUGCCUGUGUUGUGUUUCGGCUCUUCCCAUUUCUUCCUGAUGAACACUUAACACUGGUUUGAUCUCUUUUAGUUACUGAGACAAUGGCAGGGACCGCGCUCACUCUCUGCAGGACUGUACUAUCUGUCUCUAGAAGCAAAAAUAUACGUACAAGAGCAUUUUAUUACUGGACAGCUGCGAGAAGGACGGCAAAUCCAUUUAAGAGCGGGAGGGCAUCUGUUCUUUUAGGGAUUCCUGCACUGUCUUUACUUGGGCAUGAACUCUACCAAAGAGUCCAGCGUUCAGUCAUGGUGUUCGCUUUGGACAGAGAGGAGGUGUUGGAGCAGGCAGAUUACCUUUACAGCUGCGCAGAAACAGACAAACUCUAUCAACUACUAUUGCAGCACAAAGACAGAGAUGAUGCAGAGUUCUUGUGGCGUUUGGCUCGGGUGACUCGGGAUGUGGCUCUUCUGCCUGACACGGCACCAGAGAAGAAGAAGCAGUUGAUUUAUGAAUCUCUUGAGUGCGCCAAAAGAGCUCUGGAUAAAGACGAAACAUGUUUCGCUGCUCAUAAGUGGUACGCCAUUUGUCUGAGUAACGUGGGAGAUUAUGAAGGAAUCAAAGUGAAGCUGGGAAACUCGUACGUCAUCAAGGACCAUCUGCUGAGAGCCCUCGAGCUGAAUCCUAAAGAUGCCACUUCACUCCACAUCCUCGGAUACUGGUGUUUUUCAUUUGCGGAUUUGCCCUGGUACCAGCGCAAAGUGGCAGCAGUUAUCUUUGCCACUCCCCCGACAUCCACGUAUGAAGAGGCUGUGGAGUACUUCUUGAAAGCUGAAGCAGUGGAUCCAAACUUCUACAGUAUGAAUUUGCUUAUGCUCGGGAAAACAUACCUGAGGAUGAACAACAAAGAGCAGGCCAAACUGUGGCUGACCAAAGCCAAAGAGUACCCCCCUCUCACCCAUGAAGACAAAGAGGCUCACAAAGAGGCGGUGGACAUGCUAAACAGUCUUGGCUGAAGCUGACCUUAAAUGUAACUCAGUGGUGCCUUCAUGGACCUAAACUUAAUUAGGUUCAUUAGAUCUUCUGUAUUGAUCAUACGUUAGGUUCUUAUGUACAGAUCUCUGUUUAUGUCAUAUCUGCUCCUUCUUCUUCAGUGUCACGUUGCUGUGAUGAGUCUGUCGGCUGAUUUACAGAUUGUUGUGCUCUUUCUACUUGGACCAGUAGGACGACAGCGCCAUCUCAGGAUAAUUUAAAGGUGCAUUCUGUAACUUUUCUGGGUCUGCCAUUUGCUUUCGCUCAUGGAGAUAUUAUUAGUCUUUGGAAUGUUCCACAGUAUGGCAUUAAACUUAUCUCCAUGGAGACGAGCAGGCAACACAUCCGGGUCAAAUUACAGGUCAGAUCAGUGAAGAGGCUCAGAGUAAGAAUUGAUGUUUUCUAAGGUAUUUUUUUAGCAAUAAAAUCUACAAUGCAAAACAGUUCAAAUUAAUGACAUACUUCGGAACAUUCCAGACAGAGAUAAAAACAGCUCAAAAUGCACCUUUAAGUUGAAAUGAGAAUGAAAAUUCUCUCCAAAAUUUGGCAGAAACAUUCAAAUUGGACAAUUAUUUCAAAGCAUUAAUUUUGUCCAUCUCUGUGAAGAUGUUUUUCAAGCAAUAAAACAACCAAAAUAUAAUAAAUGCACCACAUAAAUUUAAUGUCAUACUGUGGAACAUUCAAAGUGAAGAAUUAAGAUCUCCAUGUACUGUUUAAGUAAUUAAAACCACUGAGUGAUUAAUAAUAGUUAUUUAAAUGAAUUCACAUACUAUUUUGCAUUAAAAAGGCUGUAACAGCUGCUGCUAAUGUAAGUUUUACAUAAAUAUUCUUCCAUAUUAAACUUACUAGUGUUCAACUUC